AUGCCAUCGAUAUGUGAAAAACCACGCAUACCGUAUAUUCAUACAAACUUUGAUAUUCAGCAAUAUGCAACUCAAUAUGAACUUCAAUCAGAAAGAAAGUGUUUGUUUUUCUUAAACGUGAUUAACCCUUACAAAGAUGAAUAUGGCACGAAUGAUUGUCUGCAUCAAACAAUUGUUAAUAUAUUACUAAAACAUUUAAAAAUGACAAUCAAAGAUCAGUAUAAUGCAUGGCCAAUCAAACUAAUUCUGAACUAUAUAAGUAAUAUUUUAGUGUAUAAUGUCGCUUGUUCGUCAUUAACAUUGAAGUAUCUUUACACAACAAAUGAAUUGAAUUUUCAAUAUUAUCCUUCGGAUAUUAUUUGUAAAGAGUAUGCUCAUCUACAUGGAAUUUGUUGGUCAACCGUUAAACAAGAUAAAUCACUUUAUGAUAAAAUGAAAGAAUAUCUAAAUAAUUUUCGUCAUGAAAUUAUUGAUUCGUUAAAUGAAAAUAAAAUUAUAGUGCUGAUAGAAGAAGAAUUUAAAUGA